GGGUUUCGGUGAAACUCGUGUGACCUUGUAACGAUGGGUCGUAAAUUUUGGAUAGUUGCAAUUCUUGUUCCCAUCCUUUGCUGCUUUCUUUUGAAAUACCAAGAUGCUGAUUUUAUAUUGAUGAUGUACGAGAUUAUCGGCCAAGAUCCUGCCACUGCAUUGCGAGGAAAAGUUGUUUGGAUCACUGGUGCUUCGAGUGGGAUCGGUGAAUAUUUAGCUUAUGAACUGGCUAAAUACGGCUGUAAACUAGUUCUUUCUGCACGGAGGAAAACAAAGUUGGAGAGAGUUAAGGAAAACUGUGCAGCAAUUGCGACUGGUCUUAAUUCUUCAUUUGAAAAAGAUCAAGAUAUUCUGGUACUUCCACUAGAUUUGCUAAAACAUGACACUCAUGGCAAUUUGACUCAAGAUGUCCUUAAGCAUUUUGGAAAGGUUGAUAUUUUGGUUAACAAUGGAGGCCGUUUCCAGAAAUCUUGGAUAAGAAAAACUCCAUUAGAGGUGGACAAGGCUGUUUUUGAUUUAAAUGUUUUUGGUACCAUCUCUUUGACCAAAGCAGUUCUUCCACAUAUGAUUGAAUGGAAACAAGGACAGAUUGUGGUGGUUAGCAGUGUCUUGGGAAAGAUGGGAGUUCCUCAUUCAGUGGUGUAUUGUGCCACAAAACAUGCCUUGCAGGGUUACUUUGAUGGGGUACGUAUUGAGCUGGCACAGCACAACAUCCAUGUACAGACUGUCCUUCCAGGGCCAGUGGAGUCGCAAGUUGCUAAUAAGGCUUUUACAGAGGACAUCAACAUUGAGUACAAAGACUCACCAGAGUUUAUCAAGAUAGACUUUCCAGUAAUGCCGACUGAACGCUGUGCAAGACUUAUGGCGAUUGGGAUGGCAAACAACUUGGAUGAAAUAUGGAUCUCACAGAACCCAAUGUUGUUAGCGACUUACAUGAGACAGAUCAUAAAAGCCGCAAUGGAUAGAAUGAUGACUUCCUACGAGGCAAAGUUAUCAUCGGAAAGGCACAAGCGACGAGCUCAGGAGACGUGA